CCAUGGUAAAAACAGUGACGAUGAUUGGGACAUCAAUUAAACGAAAAUUUUCUACACGCUUAUCACUCUGAGCUCCAGCGAAAUUCCCUCUCAAAAAUUUCAAUCCAGAAAUGGUUGCGUUCGGGGUCUUCGCGAGGUCUUUGACGCACCACUGCUUGAAAAAAUCGAACCCCAAUCAACCAUCGCUAAGCUUGAUCAUCUCUCGGAAUUUCUCAUCCAAGUCGCAUACAUGGCAGUACCAGAGUCUCAGAACUCUCAUUUUGGAGACCGCCUCUUCCGAGUCAGUCCGACUGAACAGACUCUCCGACUCUGAUUCCGGAAUUGUUGAGGUUAGGUUGGAGAGGCCAGGAGCCAAAAACGCGAUCGGGAAGGACAUGCUGAGAGGCUUACAGGAGACCUUUGAAGCAAUUGAAAGGGAUCCCUCUGCUAAUGUUGUGAUGAUUUGCAGUUCAGUUCCAAGAGUCUUUUGUGCUGGGGCUGAUUUGAAGGAGCGCAAGACAAUGAAUCCCUCUGAGGUUCAUUUGUUUGUCAACUCGCUUCGCUCAACAUUCUCAAUUUUAGAGGCCCUUUGUCUUCCUACUAUCGCUGUUAUUGAAGGCGCAGCAUUGGGUGGUGGACUAGAAAUGGCUCUAUCAUGUGAUCUUCGGAUAUGUGGAGAAGAUGCAGUAUUAGCCUUGCCAGAAACAGGACUUGCUAUAAUCCCUGGGGCAGGUGGGACACAACGACUACCUAGAUUGGUUGGGAAAGCAGUAGCAAAGGAACUUAUAUUCACUGGUCGGAAGAUUGGUGGCAGAGAUGCAAUGUCCAUGGGUCUUGUGAAUUACUGUGUUCCCGCUGGUGAAGCUCAUCGAAAGGCUCUUGAAAUUGCUCGGGAUGUAAAUCAGAAGGGUCCAAUAGCGAUAAAGAUGGCUAAAAGGGCUAUCAACGAGGGAGUUGAGAUGGAUAUGGCAUCGGCUUUGGCAUUGGAAGAAGAGUGCUAUGAGCAGCUACUGAACACAAAAGAUCGCCUGGAAGGCUUAACGGCGUUUGCUGAGAAGCGGAAGCCAAGGUAUUCCGGUGAAUAAAAUGAAAAGAUAUUUUUGCUUUCUUUGGGCUGUUUUCUCACCUAAGUUGCUGUUUGGGCGUUUUUACUGAAGAAGGAAACCUUGCCCAGAUUCUGAUCUUAUUUUAUUCUCUGAUUUAUUUUCAUUACUCACUCUCGUAUGGUAAAAAUAUCAAGGAAUAAGGCAGUUUUUUCUUCA